CUGUUGCUUUGAGCUAACAUCCUCUCUCCUCCGCAUCCUGCGCUAUUGUCGGCCGGGCGGUGUAAGAAAAAAAAAAUGGAGCUUGUGAAGCCGAUGGAGGACUAGGGGCGACAUCAGAGAGGGGGCUGCAGGCUCUCAGCUGGACACCAGACGGCAGAACACCGACGGGCUGCCGCCGAGGCGCCAUGUCCGCCCCCGCCCCAGCCACUCGGAGGACUGGAUCAGGCUCGCGCCGAUUCAACCCCCUGAAGGCGCUGCAGGCCAAACGUCGCUCGCAGCAAACGCCGGCCCCCUCCUGCGCGUCCUCGCCGGCGCCGACCGCCAUGCCGCCGGUGGCCAUUCCGGUGCCGGCGCCACCCGCGUUUGACUACUGCAGGUUGAUAGAGGUAGACUACGUCCCCAUGGAGACGGGCUACAUGGUCUCCAUGCGCCCCACUAAAGGCUACGCCUCCGCCGCUAAAGGAAGCGCGUCCACCAAGUCUCCGGACCGCCAUAGCCGUCUGACACACUCCCCCUCCUCCCCGCGCUCCCGGCGGUCCCCGGCGGCCCCCAGUAGCCGAGACCCCUUCGGCCACGCCUCCCUCAGCGGCAGCAGCAACUCGGGCUCGUGUAAAGGCAGCGACUGCAGCCCCACCAAAGGACGUCACCAGAAGUACACGUCAUGUACCGACAACCACGGUAUCCGGCCCCCUCCACCCGAGCAGUACCUGACACCCUUGCAGCAGAAGGAGCUGUGUAUCCGACACCUCAGGGCCAGGUUAAAAGAAACCAUCACCACGCUGCAAGACAGGGACACAGAGAUCGAUGCGUUGAGAGAAAAGCUUUACAGGAUGCAGGAGGACUGGGUCGAGGAGGAGUGCCAUCGCGUGGAAGCUCAGUUAGCCCUGAAGGAGGCACGUCUGGAGAUACAGCAGCUCAAACACGCGGUGGACACAGUCCGCGCCAGGCUCAGCGACGCCGGGGGCAACAGCGGGGACGUAAGUGUCCAGAAGUACUUCCAAGACAUUAACACUCAAAACCACAAGCUUGAGAACCUGCUGCUUAACAUGGAAAUAGCUCAGGCCGGACUAGACAAGGAGGGAGAAGCCAUAGCUGAACGCCGGAACCGAGUUGGGGGUUCUGCGCCAGCGUCUGUAUCUGGGGAAAGUCCUGGAGUAAUACCAAAACCAGCAAUAGGGGUUAGGGGUUCUUGCUCUUGUGAUGGUUCCCCGGCCCGCUCUGUGACACGGAGCUCCACCUAUACCAAACUGAGUGAUCAAGCAGGAGACCGCAAUGCUGCAGAUUUCCCUUGUCUUUCAGCAGACGGAACUCAGGACAGUGGCUUUGUGUGCUGUGGAGAUGGUAGUAAUAUCCCGAGUCAGGCUGACUUGCUACUCGAGGCCGCAUUUCUCUCAGAAGAAACUGCUACCUUGCUCAACUCCUACCCACAAAACUUCUCCUCCUCCAUACCAAACUCUUUGCCUCACACUUACUCCCAAACCUUACCACAUUCCUUCCCUCACAUCCACUCAGUUCCCCCCAACAUUCCGCACUCAGCUACCUACGAGAAGCUGUGCUCGGGAGACCGUCUAUCGCCAUUACGCUGUGGCCUGGGCGGAGGUGUCUGUAUGAGCCACCCCUGCCUUUCCCACCAUCACCUGUACCUGCAUCCUCUACGUGAGACAGGUAUUCAGACUGAGAGCUGUCCUAUUCCAGCGACAUCAGGGUGCCCGUCAGACCUGGAUACCAUCGCAGAACAGCGUACGUUCCGCUCUCAAGCUUGCAGCCCGACUUCAACCUGGUUGUCCGAUGAAGGCGAGGAAGAAUUGGACUCCAUCACCACCACUACUUCUGUAACCACAGCGACUGUCUUGAGCGCAGCCACGGAGCCCAUUCCGUGCUCUAAAUUGCCUCGGGUUAAUUCCAUGCCACGAUCUGCCACUGUAGCCUGUUCCAUGGAGAGUCCGGUCUUUGAGGACGACAGGACAGAAAGUCCAGAAGAAGAAUCUGCUGCGGUAGAAGUCCAGGGCCUGACAAAAGUAGUCCAACCCACAGUGGGACAGUUGGACACAGAAGCAGAGAGAUUGGUACAAAAUCAAUUAAAGGAGAGAAAGGAAGGUCUAUGGGCUGGAGAGGACAGACACCUUGACACACUCCAGUUGGAAACACCAGGACUGAGCCCAUGUAGUAGCCCAGACUCAGUACAAGUCUUUGAAAAACCUCACACCUCCCAGCCAAAGAGAUCCAUUUCUCAAGAGGAAGAAGCUUAUGUUCUUGUCCCAAGGGAAGAAGUAGAAAUUAAAGAGCAAGCAUGUGAAGAAGGCAAUGAAGCAUUGGCGGGGGAGGUGGAUUCUGAUUCUGCCCCAGGGCCCGUACAGAAAAGCUACUGGAGUCGUCACUUCCUGGUGGAUCUCCUAGCAGUGGCGAUCCCAGUGGUGCCGACGGUAGCAUGGUUUUGUCGCGGCCCCGUCCGAGUGGGACAGCCCAUGUACCACUUUGGGUCGCUGCUGAGGGGCUGCUGCACAGUGGCCCUGCACUCGCUGCGCAGGGGUGGAGGUUUGAGGCAUUAUCCUGCGGGCGGUGGAGACCUAGCCGGAUCCAACAUGUGAAGCUUCAGUACGUUUGACCAUCAUGAGUUAUCAGGACUCCGGCGUCUUCAGUGAGGGGAGUGACAAGCGAGUAGAACGGCAGGAUUCCGUGACUGGGUUGUCACGACCACUGGUCCUGGGUUGCGGAUUGAAUGUGCAGAUUCUUUUGAAACGCAGGGAAAACCGCUGAGGUUUAAUGCUGACUCGCGCGCGACUGAUUCUGAUUCGCACUUAGAUGGACGUGUACACAAACUCGUCUGUAGUGUCUUCAAGGAUGUCUCCUAGAUGAGACACAUCAUCACCCCGAAUCCAUCCAAAUGUAAAACUCAUAUUCCCUUUAUCCUUCUUAAGACCUAAGUCCAUAGUCAUUACCAAGAAGGUUUAAGGUCCUCCAUGCAUCUUCUUCCGAUUUCUGAGGGGCAGCAUCCUAAGCAGGGAAGCCCAAACUUCCCUCUCUCUGGCUACUCGGUCUAGCUCCUCCCAGGGGGUUCCCGAGGUGUUCCAACGCCAGCAGAGACAUGACCUGGGUCUUCAUGAAGGCCUCCUAACCGGUCGGACUUGGCCUAAAAAAAACCUUUACAUGGAGGCGUCUUGUGGCUCCUCUCAAUGUGGAAAUGCACCCGCUUUACUCCUCAUCCUCACCUUAUUGCUUAAAACCGUGCAAGAACUCAACCAAAAAAAAAACGGUAAACCUAACUUCUACCACUGAUGCGGACUUAUUCAAGAACUAAAAACACUCCUGGUGGUUGACUCUACCAAGUUACUGACCCUCUAGGACUUCAACGCCCACUCUUAUUUGAUUCCAACAGUUCAUUGUAGACAACAACCGUGCUAGAAGUAGGCGCUCUCUGUGCUAUACCGUCCUACGGACUAGAUGUAGACCCUCCGGACACUAAAAUGAAUCAUCCCAAGCUCCUUCGGCCAUGCAUUGCUGGAGAUCACACUCAACUACAGCGGACCUUCGGAAAUUAAGUCUCACAUUCAUUAGAAUUAUGUCGUGAAAUAAGAAAAAAGAUGAAAACAAGUACUUCCGUAAUCCAUAAUAAUCAAUUGAGUGGGGGGGGGGAGCUGUUUUUUUGAAGACCAAAGCCGAGGAUCUUGGUUGAGUUCCGAGGCUCCACUGCAGUUUUUGGUUGUUUUUUUGCUGACAUUUUGUGUAAAUAUGUACAAGAACUAACUCAAAAGCCAAAUGCUUGCCAUCCCGACACAAAGUCGUUUUCAUGACGGAACUAGUUGGUUUUCUUUCCUUCUUUUGUUGACAUCUUUUUUUUUUGCACUAUUGUUCACUUUAUAAGCAAUUACUUGAAUUAGUGUACAGUAUGCAAGUUAAGCGUAGUACAUCCUCUUUUGUCUUCUCACUGGAAAGCCUUUCACGCACAUGAAUUCUUCAUUGAGCCAUCAACACCAUAUGAGCAAAAGUUUUGGGACACACGCCACACACAAACAAAAUAAAUGUAGUAAUAUUACAAGAAAAAAACUUAUACUGGUAAUAAAAAAAAAAUUCCAAGGGAAAAAAAGAUUGCAAGAAGAAUAAUGUUUAUGUUUUCAAGAAGAAUUUAAAUUUGGAAUAUUACGAGAACGAGUCGGGAAUAUUGAGAAAUUAAUGUUGGGUUUUUGAUGGUUUUUAAACUGGCUGCUGAAAGCAAGGGGACAAUAAAAUAUAUUUAAAAAAAUGCAAGUAUAAAAUAGGGUACUUUGGAACCUCAGCUUGUAAGCUUGUCACUCAAAAAUACUACAAAAAUAAUACUCCGCUUGAAAAAGAAUUGAAAUGAUUCCGUGCUGAGACCUGGGUGAAAAAAACAACUUUGAGAUAAUGCUGUGUGAAAAAUAAAACAAUACGUAAAACAAAGAACUUCAGUAGUUUUAUAAAGUAUUGUGCUAAAAAUGUCCAGCAUUUACCUUGGAGAGUGGUCUUCUACAGUGUCUCCAUCCACCUGCUUUUCUGUCAAACACACCAUCAGCAGCUUCUCCACAGUUUCAUGGAUAAAUGUCCUCCAUUUAAAAAGUAUGUUAACUAAUAUAAUUAGAAAUAUUACAGUAAAAAAGGUUUAAACAUCAUGUGGUAAAAUUCCAAAAUUAUUAUUAUUUUUUAAUGUCAAUAUUCUAAGGGUAGGUUGUCUGUCACAUUGUAGUACUGAGUGGAUGUAAAGUCCCAACACUAUUGUUCAUAUGAUAGUGCUGAUGUCAAAUUAUCGCUGUGUGCAUCUGGGACAAUCCUCACAUGAAUUUUGUCACCUCUUGGCCUUGGGCUAGAAUGAGUUAGGGGAUUAAUUAAUACAUGAAUAGGUAAAUUAAGUAAUUAAUCAUUGUGGCUUGUGCAGCCCUUUGAGACACUUGUGAUUUAGGGCUAUAUAAAUAAACAUUGAUUGAUAAUAAGUGAGUAAAUGAGUGAAUAAAAUAAGUGGGUGAAUGUGAAAAUCAAUGAGCAAGUGAGUAAAUGAGUGAACAAGAGUAAGGGUAUUAAUGUGUAAAUUAAUUAAUAAGCAAGUGAAUGAAUGAAUACGUGAUUGAAUCAGUAAAUAAAUGAAUAAAUACAUGAGUGAAUGAAUAAGUGAAUGUAUGAAAGAAUGAGUGAGGUAAUAAAUUGGUAAAUAAAAAGUGAAUUAAUAAAUAGGAAAAUGAAUGAUAUAACUAAUGAGCAAAUGAAUGGGUGAGUGAUUAAAUUAGUGUGUAUGAACAAAUGAGUGAAUUAGUGCAUAAAUGCAUGAGAAUGGAUGAAUGUGUGAAGUUAUGAAUGAGAAAAUGAAAGAGUGAAUGAAUAAGAAAAUGAAUGAGUGAAUAAAUGUGUAUGAACAAAUGAGUGAAUUAAUGAAUUAGUGCAUAAAUGAAAGAGAACGGAUGAAUCUUUAGGGUUAUGAUUGAAAAAAUGAAUGAGUGAAUAAAUGGGUGAGUGAACAAAUGUAUUGUACAAAUUGUACAAACAAAUUAAUGAAUUAGUGCAUAAAUGAAUGAGAAUGAAUGUGUGAGGUUAUGAAUGAGAAAAUUAAAGGUGAAUGAAUAAGAAAAUAAUAAGUGAAUAAAAGACAAAGUGAGUUAAUGUGAAAAUGAAUUAGCAAGUGAGUAAAUGACCGAAUAAGAGUGAAUGAAUUAAUGUGUAUGUACAUUAGUAAGCAAGUGAAUGAGUGAUGAAAUGAAUAUGUGAUUAAAUGAGUAUAUGAAUAGGCAGGUGGAUAAAUAAAUGAGUGAAUGAAUAAGUAAAUGUAUGAACGAAUGAGAGAGGUAAUGAAUUAGUAUAUAAAUGAGUGAAUUAAUAAAUAAGAACAUGAACAAUAUAAUUAAUAAGCGAAUAAAUGGGUGAGUGAAUAAAUGUGUAUGAACAAACGACUGAAUUAAUGAAUUAGUGUUAUGAAGGAAAGAGAACGGAUAAAUGUGUAGGGUUACGAAUGAGAAAAUGAAUGGGUGAAUGAAAGACUAAGUGAGUGAGUGUGAAAAUUAAUUAGCAAGUGAGUGAAUGAGCGAAUAAGAGUAAGUGAAUUAAUGUGUAAAUACAUUAAAAGGCAAGUGCAAGAGUGACGAAAUGACUAUGUGAUUGAAUGAGUAUAUAAGCAGGUGAAUAAAUAAAUAAGUGAAUGUAUGAAUUAGUAAAUAAAUUUGUGAAUUAAUAAAUAAGAAUAUGAAUGAUAAAAAUGAUGAGCAAAUAAAUGGUUGAGUGAAUAAAUGAAUUAGUGCAAAAAAUGAAAGAAUGCAUGAAUGUGUAGGGUUAUGAAUGAGUGAAUAAAAAGAAAAUGAAUGAGCGAAUAUUACAAGAGUAAGUCAAUAAAUAAGUACAUAAACAAGUGACUAAAUGAUGAGUGAGUGAAUGAAUGAAUGCUUUUCUUUCUUUGGGGUCUCCAACAAAACGCUUGCGUUCUCGUUUUUCCACCUUUCAGCACUUUAGUCCCACAAUGCAUCUGGCCACCAUGUUGUAUGUAAUGUAGACAAAGAGUACAUGUAUAAAUGACAUAUAGAUAUAUAUAUAUACAGUAUAUAUUAAUACAUGUAUGAUGCCUUUGUGUCAAUAUCCUGAAUGUCCUUUUAGGUUGAUUGUACACGUGAUGUCGUCCUCUCAACAUCAACGCAGACUGUAAUUUUUUUUUGUCCACUACUGUACUUCAAAUGCAAUAUGGUGUACAGUCAAGACAUUAAAGCUCCGAUAUAUGUACGACAUGCAGGGACGUGUCUAAUGAUUGUGUUUUAUUUGCUUGACGAUAGUAGUAUGUUGCUUACAUUCAUAUCAGAUUGCAUACGUGGGAGAUGAAUACAUGCAUCCGGAAGCAGAAUAUACCUUUUUUUUUUUUUUUUUUAACAGGGACAUUUAGAGGUGAGUUAAAUGUAAAAUCCGCAUUCAAACAAGAGGCACCACACGCACAAUUAUUUAAGGACAGAAAGAACGCAGGAAAUGUAUCUUAAAAAAAGGUCAUGGAAAGUGCACUUAGUGGCUCCGUCCAGCACAUAGUCAGCUCCCAAGAAAUGAAACUAACC